UCUACGGUGACAGAUAACACACAAUCAGUGAACUUAUGUUGCUCAGCGAUGUGUACUCUUUGGUUCAGAUCGGAUCAAAGAAUUUGAACAUGUCUAGGAGCAGUUUUGAGCACGGCACUAAUGGCAUGUUUGUUAUAUUUUGAUAUGUUGUUUUCUUGCAGAGUGAACGCGUUGGCCGUUUCCGUUUAGUUCUUUCCUAGUUUCCGGCGAAGAGAGCAAAGAUGAAGGCGAAGGGGCAGUUGAAAGAGUAUGAGGUGAUUGGCCGUAAGCUGCCAACAGCAAAAGAGAAGAUUCCUGAGAAAAGCCCUUUGAAGAUCAAGAACUUCGGCAUUUGGCUUCGUUAUGAUUCUCGAUCUGGAACCCACAACAUGUACAGAGAAUACCGUGAUCUGAGCGUGUCUGGGGCGGUUACCCAGUGCUAUCGAGACAUGGGUGCUCGUCAUCGUGCUAGAGCCCAUUCUAUUCAGAUCAUUAAGGUGGAGCAAGUUGCUGCUGCGAAAUGCAGAAGACCACAAAUUAAGCAAUUCCACGACAGCAAAAUUAGAUUCCCACUUCCUAAGCGCAUUCAGCGCAAGGUUCGCUUUAAUAAGUUUGCGUUUAUCAGACCACGUACAUACUUUAUGUAAAAUGUUUUGGAAAUAAAUCCGUUAACUCAAUGGAAGCCUAAACUACUUUUAUUCUUUAGAUUCCUUUUCUGUAUUCCUGAAAUGAUAAAGUGCAGGUAUUCAGAUAACAUGAAUGUAAUGUUUUUGAUUAGCAUCUCGUGUUAAUAUUUACAUUAGCAGCAAUUUGUUCACAUUAUUGAAUUUAUGAGUACAUGUGCUUUAAAUAAUGUCAUUACGUUUCUUGGGAACUCUACAAUUUUCUAUGAAAAUGAGCUCAAAAUUACUUUCAUAAAUGCCUAAACGCUAUUUUCCCAAAAACGGGUCUAAAUUUUUUCUUCAAACUUUUCCAACAGAUAGUGCUAAUUGUAC